UGAUUGUUGAAGCUUUUAAUGUGUUCUUUAGUAUUUCUGUUCUUGUGUUAGUGUGUAUGUUGCCUUUUUUUCUAAUGCCACUUCUUUGCUAUUUUCCUGCACCCACUAAAACUCCACUUGUCUUUGUUACAUGCUCACAAAUUUAUUUACCCUUUGUGAUUUUCCCUUGUGUUUUAGCAAAAGUAAUGAUCUUUAUUUUUACUGGGUAGAUUUGCAUUUUUUUCCUGGUUUUCUGGGGAAAAAGUGAAAAUCCCAGCUUCAUAGCACUUGAUUGCUUGGUUCUUUGAAGAAAAGGUGGGGUUUUGCAUUGCUUUCUGGGUUCUGCUUUUGCUGGGAAAUAAAGGGGUGCCAGGGUAAAAUUAUUGGACAAACCUAUUGUAAGAAGCAUACUUCAUUUGCUUGUCUAGUAGAAAGUCCUCUAUCAUGGUAUCAAGGUCCUAUUCGAACUUGCUGGAUCUUGCUUCCGGCCAGUUCCCAAGUAUUUGCCGGGGGGAGAGGAGGUUCCCAAGGGUAAAGACUGUUGCGGGAGUAUUGUCUGAGCUUGAUGAUGAAACGAGCAAUAGUGUAAGCUCCGAUGCUCCUUCUUCCAUCACCCAAGAGCGAGUUAUUAUAGUGGGAAACCAGCUUCCACUUCGGGUACACCAUAAAUCUGAUGAUGAAAAGGUAGGGCGGUACUUUAGUUGGGAUGAGGAUUCCCUUCUUUUGCAGCUUAAAGAUGGUCUUGCCGAGGAUGUCGAAAUUGUCUAUAUAGGGUGCCUCAGAGAACAAAUUGACCCAAGUGAACAGGAUAGUGUUGCACAUACUUUAUUCGAGAACUUCAAAUGUGUUCCAACCUUUCUUCCUCCUGAACUCUUCACCAAAUUCUAUCAUGGCUUUUGCAAGCAGCAUUUAUGGCCUUUGUUUCAUUACAUGUUGCCUCUGUCACCAGAUCUUGGUGGUCGUUUUGAUCGGUCCCUUUGGCAGGCAUACGUGUCUGUAAACAAGAUUUUUGCUGAUAAAGUUAUGGAAGUGAUCAGCCCUGAUGAUGAUUAUGUGUGGGUCCACGACUAUCAUUUAAUGGUACUUCCAACAUUUUUGAGAAAGCGCUGUAACAGGGUAAAACUUGGGUUUUUCCUCCAUAGCCCGUUUCCUUCUUCUGAGAUAUAUAGGACUCUUCCUGUAAGAGAUGAAAUUCUGAAAGCACUUCUGAACUCUGAUCUCAUUGGUUUUCAUACUUUUGAUUAUGCGCGACAUUUCCUGUCAUGUUGCAGUAGAAUGCUAGGGCUUUCUUACCAAUCCAAGCGAGGCUACAUAGGUUUAGAAUAUUAUGGUCGCACAGUAAGCAUUAAAAUUCUUCCUGUUGGAAUUCACAUGGGCCAGCUAAAUUCUGUGAUGAAUCUUCCUGAGACAGAAGUUAGAGUUGCAGAAUUAAGGGAACAGUUCAAGGGUCAGACUGUCAUGCUUGGGGUUGAUGAUAUGGACAUUUUUAAAGGCAUCAGCUUGAAACUUCUGGCUAUGGAGCAAUUGCUCCUUCAACAUCCUGAUAAGAGGGGUACGGUUGUUUUGGUUCAAAUUGCUAAUCCCGCGAGAGGGCGCGGUAAAGAUGUGCAGGAGGUUCAAUCUGAAACCAGUGCUACAGCCAAGAGAAUCAAUGCUACAUUUGGUAAACCAGGAUACAAACCUGUAAUACUGAUUGAUACUCCGCUCCAGUUCUACGAGCGAAUUGCUUAUUAUGUAAUUGCUGAAUGUUGCCUGGUCACAGCAGUUAGGGAUGGAAUGAAUCUUAUACCUUAUGAGUAUGUAAUAAGCCGGCAGGGUAAUGGAAAGCUAGACCGAGCAUUGGGACUCGGACCUACAGUACCAAAAAAGAGCAUGCUGGUUGUUUCUGAAUUUAUUGGCUGCUCACCUUCACUAAGUGGGGCUGUUAGGGUCAACCCCUGGAACAUUGAUUCUGUAGCUGAAGCAAUGGAAUCUGGCCUAACAAUCCCAGAAUCUGAGAAGCAGUUGCGCCACGAGAAGCACCAUAGGUUUGUUAGCACACAUGACGUUGCAUUUUGGGCUCGUAGUUUUUUGCAGGAUCUUGAAAGAUCAUGCAGGGAACAUGUUAAAAGGAGAUGUUGGGGUAUCGGCUUUGGAUUAGGUUUUCGAGUCAUUGCUCUAGAUCCAAGUUUUAGGAAGCUUUCUCUCGAGCAUAUUGUUUCAGCUUAUAAGAGGACUACAAGCCGGGCUAUUCUAUUAGAUUGUGAUGGUACCAUGAUGAUGCAGAGUUCAGUGAGCACAAAUCCAGAUGUGGAGGCUGUUAGAGUUUUGAACAGCUUGUGCAGGGAUCCAAAAAAUGUUGUCUUCGUAGUAAGUGGAAGGGACAGAAAAAGGUUAACUGAAUGGUUUUCUUCUUGUGAUAACCUUGGAAUUGCAGCAGAGCAUGGAUACUUUAUUAGGCAUAAUAAUGAUUCUGAGUGGGAAACUUGCAAACCUCUUUCAAAUUUUGACUGGAAACAUGUGGCUGAGCCAGUGAUGCAGCUAUAUGCUGAGACAACUGAUGGUUCUUCCAUAGAGACAAAAGAGAGUGCACUAGUUUGGAACUACCGGGAUGCAGAUCGAGAUUUUGGGUCAUGCCAGGCGAAGGAGCUGCAAGAUCAUCUAGAGAGUGUCCUUGCUAAUGAGCCUGUCUCUGUCAAGAGUGGUCAGUACAUUGUUGAGGUUAAGCCACAGGGCAUUAACAAGGGUUUGGUAGCAGAACGUCUCUUUGCAACGAUGCAGCAGAAAGGGAUGCUCCCUGAUUUUGUUCUCUGCAUUGGUGAUGAUAGGUCGGAUGAAGACAUGUUCGAGGUAAUAUCAAGCGCAAGAACAACUCCUUCGCUCUCUCCUGUUGCUGAAGUAUUUGCCUGUACUGUUGGCCAGAAACCCAGCAAAGCUAAGUACUAUGUUGAAGAUACCAGCGAGAUCCUAAGGAUGUUGGAGGGGCUUGCCGCUGCCUCCGAGCUGCAGGCAACUAGCAAUGGUUAUCAGGCUCCUAAAAUAGGCAUCAUUGAUCAGAAUUUUUAAGGAUCACUCGUCACUUAAGUCCUUUGUCUCUUCUUGUACAGUGCUAGGGUUCUGAUUUGCAAGAAACUAUAUGAUUUUCCUAGUUUUAGGACUUGUUGGUGAAAGUCAUAGUUAUGCUAAAGCUUUGAAAGGGUUUUUCUCUUUUGUUAUAUAUUUGAGGGUGAUGAAAUUUCCUACUAUCACUUAGAUUGUAUACUUUAAGUUGUCAUUAGAUUGAAUUACAAUGUGGUAAUUUUAUCUUAUUUCACAUCUGUGA